AUGGGCGUAAAGCUUAAGCUUUUGAACGAGGACACCAUAUAUGAGCACAUCUUUGAGCGGUAUAGUCUUUUGCAGAAAAACUCGCAGUCGGUCAACCAGGAUUUGGGCAUAGAGUCAAGGAUUAACGGUUACCUUGAACUAAGCUUUGAACCGACGGACAAAAAAAGUGCUUGUAAAGAUUCCUUUUCGUUCGAGGUCUCGCAGUCAUUGUCAUCAUUGAACUCCUCUCGAGACAAUAACAAUUCGACCACGGGCUACGUAGUUUGGUCUACAACGCCGUUUUUCUUAAAGUGGCUACUUUACUCGAAGAGUGGAGAACAGUUCCAAAAGGGAGCAAGUAUCGCAUGUGAGGACGAUCCACUCAAACAAUUUUGCGACGUGGAGCCAAUCUUUAGCGCUUGUGAAUCCAACCAUGACGACCAGCCUUUUCGACAAAUAGUGGAGCUUGGAUCUGGUGUUGCAGGCAUCUUGGGCAUCGCCUUGGGCAACUACGUCGACAAGUAUGUCUACACAGACCAGAAAGCCCUACUAGCACGGCUCGAACAUAACGUCGCCCACAACAUAGAUGAGUUGCGAUUGCGAAGUUUGGAGACCCUUACGCUGCACGUUGAAUCGUGUCGAAGAACCCCACAAAAACUACAAUUGGACAUGCUAAGUCUUGAUUGGGAAAACUUCGACCCAAAUCCAGCCAAACUACACUCAUUGCUACUUCCAGCUCGAAGAGCUCAUGUCACUAUUAUAUCCAUGGAUGUGGUAUACAACGAAUAUCUCAUAGAACCAUACCUCAGGACCCUCAAAGGUCUACUGCAUGCUUACAGGAGCAAGAAACAUACGGUUUCGGCUCUGUUGGGAAUUCAGCUCAGAGACCAAGACGUUAUUGAAACCUUUCUGGAGUGCGCCGUGAGAGACUUUGAACUAAAUGUCCACGUUAUAGUGGACAAAAUGAUCGAAGCUACUAGAUUCGAUUUAUUCUAUGUGACACUGAGAGACUGA